GUCAGAAGAAGCCCAGUUAUCUUCCUUCAAAGCCCAGUCUAUCUCCCCGUAUAUUCGUGAGGGGAGAUAGACUGUGAAAGAAAAGAGAGGAUGAACGGGGCAGUAAAGAAGAUUGCUGACGUCUCAUUCAAGGCCGGCAGGACGAUCGACUGGGAAGGAAUGGCGAGGCUUCUGGUGUCCGAUGAGGCUCGUAAGGAGUUCGCUACUCUUCGGCGUUCAUUUGAUGAGGUUAACUCCCAGCUUCAAACCAAGUUCAGCCAGGAACCCGAACCCAUAGACUGGGAGCAUUACAGGAAAGGGUUAGGUUCUCGCUUGGUGGAUAUGUACAAGGAAGCAUAUGAGAGCAUUGAAAUCCCCAAAUAUGUGGAUACAGUGACCCCCCAAUAUAAACCCAAGUUUGAUGCCUUGUUGGUAGAGCUGAAAGAAGCUGAGAAGCAAUCAUUGAAGGAGUCUGAAAGAUUGGAAAAAGAAAUAGGAGAUGUGCAAGAGCUUAAGAAAAAACUCAGCACUAUGACCGCAGAUGAAUACUUUGCAAAGCAUUCUGAACUCAAGAAGAAGUUCGAUGAUGAAAUCCGAAACGAUUACUGGG